UAUAAAGAGAAAUUGUCAAAAUUUACAAAUUAAAUGUUUGUCAUAUUUACAUGUACGACAAAAUAGAUAUAAAACACAUUUAAAUUUGACAUGCAGCUUAGUGGGUUUAUGAAAUACAAUGUCAAACUUUUCAAGGUCGUACAGUGACUCGGUCGCAAUCGACCAGGACGAACAACCUGAUGACAAAAAGAAAGCAGAUCAUCGUUUGAGUGUUCCGGUUGAACAAACUAGUGAUGAAAUCAAAACAAGAAAAGACAAAGCACAAAGCAACUGGACCAAAAUUUUUCGUCCAUGGAGAUGGAAGAAAAAAAAGAGAAGCGAAAAAUUUACAAAGACUGCAACAUCUCUUGAGAGAAAGAUAUCUGUUCGUAGCACGCGAGAGGACUUGAUCAAACGUGGUCUGUUAACAGAAACCAAUGGUGAACCUGCAGCAUCAACUUUGGAGAAACCAGUUGUUCAAUCAAGUGAUGAACAAGACGAGUUGAAUGAAGUUGAUCAACAAGAUGAUACGAUUUCAUCUGCAAUGAAUCGUUUUCCAUCCCUGCCAAAACAAUCAGAUUCGAUUCGAAAUCGCCGUCGUUCCCCUUCAGACCCAUCAGUGGCCAUGCGUUCUGACAACGAUCUGAAUAGAAAUAACGCAACACAUGCAGCAUGCCAAGCAAAAUCUGAAGCAAGCACUCAUUAUAUACAUCAGAAAUAUCCAUCAGAUGAAGUGACGAGAGAUAAAGGUGAAAACGAUGCUCGAAGACAUUUUCACAGACAUUCAUAUCAGAUCGCAACUUCUUCCUCUAACAGCCUCAAUCGAGGAGAUGACAGAUUAAAUGUUGGUAGAUUUCAAAUGCGUGGUUCAGGUGGCAAUGAUCUUGUUGCAGUUGGAAUUAUUGGUCACAAUGCACCAGGUUCACGAUCUGCAGUCUCAUACAGUGGUCCUACUCCAAUACCUGCAGAAAGAAGCUUUCCCAGGUCAUCGGAUUCAUUGAAAAAUGCUGAACAGCGUUUCAAUGAUGAACACAGCCUUACAACGGCUGCUUCAUUGCCUCCUGCUUUAGCAGCAAGGCUCUCUCAAGAUUUAAGCAAUGCUAUUUCCAACAGUCUGAAGAGCCAGGUUGCAUCAAAGACACAAGAGAAGAGCCAUCCUUACCGAGAAUCAAGCAAACAAGAUCAUGUGCAUUCCAAUAUUGCUAAUCCUAGAAGUUCCCAAGAUAAUGCCCGACUUACCUCAAAAAGUGAGACAUCCAAACCUGUACAGCAUAUUAGUGCAAAUGAAAGUUUAAUUUCCCCGCGGCCUGUUGCUGCUAAAAGAACUGAGCAAAGUAUUGUUGGAAAAUCGGCAACCCAUGUUGUAAAAGGCCCACCACCAAAACCGCCCCCAAAACCAUCAAAACAAGUGAUAAACAAGGCAACAGAGCAGUAUAAACGAUCAAGUGUUGAGGUGAAAGAUUCUUCCCAAGUUCCACUGCCACCACCACAGUAUAGCAAACCUAGAAAGCCAGAACACUUGGUGCCAAAUAUUCCGACUGGUGAUGUGAGGUUUGCUGGAAGUGCUGAGAUUAUACAGAGAACUACACAGAUCAAUAUACCACAAUAUUUAAGAGAAAAUUGCACAGAAAGUGAAAACAAUUCCUCAACUGCCGCUUGUGAUUCCGACUCUGAUUCAUCGGGACCAAUCCUUUAUCGCGAUGAUGAUGAUGAGGAUGAUGAAGUUGAUGAUGCUGGUGGCCUUGCUGCAAAAGUAGCUCGACGUGAUACACUUGCUCUACGCCUCGCUAACCGACCAAAUCGUACAGAGUUGGAACAAAGAAAUAUUAUAUCCAGUCCCCAGAAGACAGAGGAAGAAAGAUCAGCGGUUAAAGUUAAUCUUACAAGACGUUUGAGUCAACGCCCAACCAAGUCCGAAUUACAGCAACGCAACAUCUUGCCUAAUGAAACUCCUGAAGCGAGAGUUAAGGAGAGGGAGGAGGUGAAACGUCAGUUAACUCGAAAAUUAUCAAUGCGACCAACAGUGAAGGAACUAAUAGAAAGAAAAGUUCUCAUAAAUUGGCAUGAGUAUGUAGAAGUGUAUGAAGUGCAGAAUUAUGAUCGACGGGGAGAUAAACCUUGGACAAGGUUGACACCGGCAGAUAAAGCCUCAAUCCGCAAAGAGUUAAAUGAGUUCAAAGCGAAUGAAAUGACAGUUCAUGAAGACUCACGACGAUAUACUCGAUUUCAUAAACCAUGAUUACAAUUUUCUUGGUGCUGUUGAGGCACAUCUUGAUUUUUGCACGACUAUCUCGCUUCAAAGUGUUUUUCAUGUAGCACUUCACGGGAUAAUUCACCCGAACCAAUAAUACAAAUUUAUUCUAAUGUGGUUUAUCAUGGUCAUUUUCCUUUAUUGUUAUAAAUAAAUGUAUUAAGAUUG